CCCCUCCGCUCUUCGCAUGAGCAUCGACUCAGCAGCCAUGACACUUGAGCGCGCCCUACGCGCCUGUCGCGUUCCAAAAUAGAACACUUUUAGUUUUUUAUUCAUUAGCUGCUUGGAAUGCUCUGGAUUGAUCGUGAGUUUUCAUCAUCGUAGAAACUUCGCGAUUUUGCUUCGUUCGCUGCAAUCUUACAAUAAAUCUCCAUUGACAGGACCCGAAUAUGGGAGGAAAGAAGUAAAGUGGUUCGUUGCCGUGGCCCCAGUGUCGGGAGGCGAGGGCUGCGCCGCUGAGCGCAUGUGGCGGAACGCGUGCAGCACGCUGUGCGCGCCGGGCGCCGAGGAGGCCUGGCGCCGCAUCGUCGACACCGCGCCCUCCGACACUGUUUGGCACUCGCUGCGGAAUUGCGUCGCUUACCAGGCGGGCGUUUGGCAAAACUUGCUAACGAAAGGGAUCGAUGACGUCGUCCAACCGGCAGCAUUCAAAUUGGCGAUAGUACUACGACACACGCCGUCCGAGCUAACCGUCAAGCUGUUGUCCGAGCUGCUCCGGUUGCAUCCUCAGUCGCAAGACCUGACGUCGUACAUCCUGGCGCUGCUGACGGACGACGAGGCGUCGUGGUGCGGCGCGUGCGGCGCGGGCGAGUCGCCGUCGUCGCCCACGCCGCUGGGCCCCGCGCCGCUGCGCGACCUGCGCCUGUUCGGCGACUGCGAGCUGGCCGUGCUGGCCGCGUCGCGCGAGGAGUACGACGCGCACGCCAAGCUCGUGCGCGCCGAGUACUCCAAGCUCACCACCAACAACUACGUGGAGCUGCGGGUCAAGGUGCUGAACCAGUUCUCGCAGAUCCCGAACCUGUACCACACGCCGGAGUUCGCGGGGCUCGAGGGCGCGGCGAGGGAGAACAUCGAGCGCGAGAUCUGCACCUUGAGGGAACACCUGCUCACCGGACGACAGGAACCCAAAUAAGACGCACCUGACGAGGGAAC